AUGGUCCACGCGUCUGUCUUCGCCGAGCCGCCGCUGGGCGUGCGACGAACCGCUGACGCAGCAGCACCUGCUGGCGCCAAGCGGCCGGACGACGCCGCAGCGCCUGGGCAGCUCUGGGUCGAGCACGUGCACUUUCCGACGAUCAAGAAAACGACCAGCACGCCCGAGUCCUUUCGGGGCAUGAAGCGGCAGACGUCGUCGCGCGUGCUCCAAGAGCUGCGCAGUGCCAACCGCGUCGUGCAGGACCAGCUCGAUGACUUUCGGCGGAAGCUCCUCGAGCUCGACCAAUGGAUCGCGCACGGAGUCACCGAGACUGUGCUCGAGACGCCGUCCGCUGUGCACGCAAAACGAAAGACAAAGCGCUCGCACAAGCGAUCACAUCAUGCCGGCCACGUCACGAGCGAGCCUAUUGUAUCUGCGCCGGCGCUUGCAGCGACAGCCGCGGUGGCAGCAAUACCCUGCAAGCAGCCACGGACCGAAGGCGAUGGCGUAAUACCACCGCCGCCGAGCGAUCCAAACCUCGGCGACACGCAAGCAGCACCAGACGAUGCGCCAUGUACGACCACGGGCUGCUGGCAGUUCCUCCACGACUUUGGUUUUUUCAAACACCUCUCGUCGCUCGAGGUCGACCGCGCCCUCGAAAUUGAGCAUCCAAGGGUAUCCAGUCCCUUGGAGCCCGCGACAGACUCGGACGACGGCUCGACAUCCUCGUUGGCGUCGUCCGACCGUCCCGUGCUCCUCGACAAGCUGUCGCCGCCAACCGACUGUCUCACGAGCCGACUUCUCGGUGCCCUAGUGGAAGAAGGCGAGCACGACGAGGCGUCGGACGUCGACUGCAAACCACUCGAGACGCCAGCCAGCUUCCACGUCGAUGUGGACGAGGCCAACGUCUUCUUGCGCAAGGAGCUCGAGGCCAUUGGGGUCUUGGACGCUGACGACGAUGCGGCGGUCGCCCGAGACGACGACGAGGUGAGCGUUGAGCUCCGCAAGUGCGAGCAGGAGCUUGCGCGCCACCUCCUUGCCACCAACCAGCGCAAGAGCGCCCUUUACCGCGUGCUCCAAGCAAGGGCCGAGACCAACACGUCGGCCGAGGACCACGCGACGCUCAAACAGUACCACAAGCUCCAGCGCAAGCGGCAGGACGCCAAGCGAAAACGCAAGCAGUCGGGCAAGAAGCACCACAAGCAGCAGAAGCGCCAGGUCUAG